CUUAAACAUGCAUGUCUCGUCGCCUGCAUGUCUAAGCUCUCGUCACCCCGGUAGUCGGCAAUACUGUGGCCGAAGCCAACCUCAUCGCAAUCAUGAUUUCCCGAAGGCGUGGACUUAUAAUAGGAAGGACAAGAACUAAUAGGCAUCCACUGUCACACCGCCUAAUCAUCAAAACAAAGCACACCACUGGAGUGCCUCUCGAAGCAGGAUCCGUCCCGCACUUACCAAACGGUCCAGGCCGGGAUAUAGCCCGAUCGGCCUCGUCCGGGAGGAAGACAAGAAUGUCGGGGAAUGUAGUCAUGUCAAUAUGUCGGUCCGAACGGCUGGGGUCGGACUUCGGACUUCGGCCGUUAGGCCCACAUGAAGAGGUGGUUGCCAUCUCCGAUAUCCAUUUCUACUGACACUUGACAGGGGAUAGAGGCGAGUGCUUCAAGGCGAAGGGCAGUCCGCGUUGGCUAGCCGAAGUCUACAAGCAGGCGCACUCGCAGAGAUUCCGAUGCUGGAAAGAGAAACUAGGAACCACAGACGACAUCUGUUUGAACAACCUGCCAUGCCAACGACUCGGCAUCAAGUCGGAAAAAGGAAUUGCAGGGGGAAGUUGCGGGGAUUAGUCGAAAUCCGCCUCAAGCCAACCCAAGGCUCUAUCGUUUCGGGCUUUAGCGAAGGUAGUUGCCAUUCAACUUCUAAAGCGUAUAAGUUGAGGUUUUCACACACCGCUCACCGCCCACCGCCCACAAGUACGGUGGGGUUCAUCGCCGGAUCCCAUCGACGGAGGCGCCAAGGCCCACUGCGGAUUGCCUUCCCCACACUUCCCCGGAUCUCCUUUAAGGUAUAUCUUACCUACCUCUGCAUAUGCUGUGUAGAGAGUCGACAUCUCAGCCUUGUGAAACUGAUGCUCCAGUUCCCUGUUGCUGUCUACGGUUUGAAGGAAAUGACAAAACUCCCAUGGUGUUUUCCCGGAGAGAAAGUUUGGCCAUCGCCGACCAAGGCGAGUCGGUGCCAGGGAGUUACCCAUUGGCGGAACGAGAAGGAUUCGGCUAGGGAAAUUGCUCCGGCCAGCUCUCAUCAUGUUCCGACAGCGGACGGACACAUCCCGUGUCGCAGGCCAGAGCUCGGUAGAGGCCGGUUAGGCUUGGCUGCAUCAUAACCCCAAAGACGGGUAACGGUAUCGAAUACGCAGUAACAGGGCGGUCAGGAUUGCGGAACAAUUCU